AUGCGGUGCGUCUGGCUGCUGCUGGGGCUAGUGGUGGGCUUGGUGCUGAGAGGGGCUGCCGCCCCACCAGAAGACGCAAAUUCAAGAGUGGCAAUUUUGGUGGAAGGCGAUGAAGGCCCCGAGGAUGCAGCCAAGCAGGAGAUACAGGUGAGGAUGGAGAGCUGGUGGGGGCACACGAAUGAUUUGGUCCUUUAUAUCCUUUACAACCCGCCAUGCGGGUGGUGCUGUGGGUUAAACCACAGAGCCUAGGACUUGCCGAUCAGAAGGUCAGUGGUUCGAAUCCCCGUGACGGGGUGAGCUCCCAUUGCUCGGUCCCUGCUCCUGCCAACCUAGCAGUUCGAAAGCACGUCAAAGUGCAAGUAGAUAAAUAGGUACCACUCCGGUGGGAAGGUAAACAGCGUUUCCGUGCGCUGCUCUGGUUCGCCAGAAGUGGCUUAGUCAUGCUGGCCGCAUGACCCGGAAGCUGUACGCCGGCUCCCUCGGCCAGUAAAGCGAGAUGAGAGCCGCAACCCCAGAGUCAGUCACAACUGAACCUAAUGGUCAGGGGUCCCUUUACCUUUACCUUACCCUUGCAAUAGAAACUUGGGCACAGCUUGGGGGUUUAAAGGCAGCCUAGGCAGCUGUUUCACCUUAUGCUCUGGUUAUCUGCCGCUUGGACUACUGCCAUGCGCUCUACGUGGGGCAACCUUUGAAGGUGACCCGGAAACUACAACUAAUCCAGAAUGUGGCAGCUAGACUGGUGACUGGGUGCGGCUGCCAAGACCAUGUAACACCGGUCUUGAAAGACCUACAUUGGCUCCCAGUACGUGUUGGUGCUGACCUUGAAAGCCCUAAACGGCCUCGGCCCUGUAUACCUGAAGGAGCGUCUCCACCCCCAUCGUUCAGCCCGGACACUGAGGUCCAGCUCCGAGGGCCUUCUGGCUGUUCCCUCAUUGCGAAAAGCCAAGUUACAGGGAACCAGGCAGAGGGCCUUCUCGGUGGUGGCACCCGCCCUGUGGAACGCCCUCCCAUCAGAUGUCAAAGAGAUAAACAACUACCAGAUUUUUAGAAGACAUCUGAAGGCAGCCCUGUUUAGGGAAGCUUUUAAUGUUUAACAGAUUGCUGUAUUUUAAUACUUUGUUGGAAGCCACCCAGGGUGGCUGGGGAGACCCAGCCAGAUGGGCGGGGUAUAAAUAAAUUAUUAUUAUUAUUAUUAUUAUUAUUAUUAUUAUUAUUAGUCCAAGGGGUCUGUGUCCUGCCAGAGUCUCAAUGAGCCCCACCUAGCUGCUGUUUUCUAUACUAGAGGCAGCUUCCGAACUCAGUGCAGGGCUAGACCAUGCGCACAGCAGUAGCCUAACAAGGCAGUCUGGUUUAGGAUCAGACUUUUCCUUCUCAGAGAUGGGCUACCUGCCCAGGUGGACGAGCCCCAUCUGCCUCUCACUUCUUUCUACCACCUUCUUCUUUCCUUCUUUUAUUUUCGUUUUUUAUUUAUAUUUCCAAAUUUAUCCAUUUCGUUAGUUUCACUUUUUAUUUUAUUUUAAAAAGAUUCUUUAUUACAAAACAAUUUACAUAGAACGUAAAAAGAAAGAAAGACGGCAUAAACAGACCAUAGACACUGACAACACCUCAUUUGACCUUACAUACCCUUUAACUUCCGAUUCACCUCAUUGUGCUUUUUAUACCUUACUAGUCUAUACGCACUUCAUAUUUAUUAUUCUUUUCAGUUAAUUAUCAUGAAAAAUUUUUACUUCAUAAUUUCCUCAAACUUCAAGAUUCAAUCCAAAUCUGUCAGGAGAUUUGUGUCAUUACAGUGCCUUUUAAGAUAUUCUUUGAACAUUCUCCAAUCUUUACUAAAUUUCUGGUUAGAAUUGCCUCUUAUUCUCCCAGUCAUCCUUGCAAGUUCUGAAUAUUCUAUCAUCUUUGCCAAUCAGUUUUUGUGGGGUUUACAUCACCUUUCCAAUGUUUUGCUAUUAAAAUCCUCGCCGCUCUUUCUGUUGCAGGCAAGGUGGAGCUGCUACGAGUGCAGAUGCGUCAAUGGCCGAUGGGUUCUGAGGUGGAGGUCUGGGUGCGGGAGUACAAUAGCAAGUAUCAUCCCUCAUCGUCACCGACGGAAACGUCGUUGCAAGAAAUCUCGCUGUUAGCAACGUAGCCUCAGCCAAACCUCUUCUCUCUGUCCUUCUCCAGUCUCCAAAGAAGCACCGACUGGUCCAGGAGAUGCAACAGAGGCUAUUCCAUCCCAAUGCAAAGUCCCAACGAGCGAAGAGUAUGCCUUUCGAGAGUUUCCACACAUCUCUUCCAGCUCUUAUGUCUCAAUAAAGCUUUUGCAAAAGUCGGUGGCCUCGUUUUGUCCAAAAAGAAAUUUAAAAGCACCCUCGUAAACUGGGUGGCUUAAAAACAGCCUGCAAGGAUGAAGGCAGAAAGCAGCAGUUCUGCUUUGUUCGUUUGUUGAACUUUAUGAAUUACUUCUGUUGAAAUCUAUGAUUUGAUACAAUCAAUAGUAUACCUUAUUUGUCUAAGAACACAGCCGGUUACGUCUUGUGUGUUUACUGAUUACAAAGCAGCUCACUAGCAAAGCUGGUAGAGUAUGCAUUUGAAAGAGACGCUGCAAAACAAUUUCACAACAACAUGGCAAAACAAUAGCAAAUAUAGUAACAUACAACCCCCCCCCCCCCAUUUUGAUACUAUAAAUAUAACCUUUAAAGCCCUAAACGGCCGCAGCUUAGUAUACCUGAAGAAGCGUCUCCACCCCCAUCAUUCUGCCCAGACACUGAGGUCCAGCUCCGAGGGCCUUCUGGCGGUUCCCUCCCUGCGAGAAGUGAGUUACAGGGAACCAGGCAGAGGGCCUUCUCGGUGGUGGCGCCCGCCCUGUGGAACGCCCUCCCAUCAGAUAUCAAGGAGAUAAACAACUCUCUGACUUUUAGAAGACAUCUGAAGGCAGCCCUUUUCAGGGAAGUUUUUAAUGUUUGAUGUUUUAUCUCUCUUUUUUUUAUUAUUAUCAUUAAUUCUGUUGGGAGCCAGCCAGAUGGAUGGGGUAUACAUUUAUUAUUAUUAUUAUUAUUAUUAUUAUUAACUUAAAUGACACGCAGCAUCCAUGAGCAAAAAUAACCAGGAGCUUCACAGUUUCAGCUUAGUCCUAGAACCAACCCUCCCAUCUUUUCACAGCUGAUUUCUGGGAACAAGGAGGAGGAAAUAAGCAGAACCAUUUUUGCACUGGCCAAGCUUGUAGAAGCCAUGAGAGGGGCAAGAACACACUCUCUUAGGGUAUAGUUUUCUGCACAGCUUCCCUUGAGGACUACUGUAUACAGUAAACCAUAUUUCUUGAAGGCAGUAACCCCCAAUAUAACCUCACAUGCACACAGUUGAUUUAAAACUGGACAGUUUGUCUGUUUUUCUGGGAGAAGCUACUGGUUUGGACUGAAUUCUGCAAAAUUCUGAAUAAAUGUUAUGGAGAACAGCCAGUGGAAGGGAGGACAUCUGCUUGGAGUGCAGAAAGUCUCAGGUUCAAUUUCCAACAUGUUCAGACAGGGCUGGGAGAGACUCCUUGCCUGAAACCCUGGGGAGAUGCUGCCAGCCAGCCACCUAUAUUGAGCUAGAUGUAUGAGGCAGAUUCCUUUGUUGUGGCAGGACUUCGGCUCAGUGGUCGAGGAUCUGCUUUGUCCGUGGAAGGUUCCAGAUUCGAUCUCUGAUCUCUUCGGGUCGGAUUACGGGGGGGGUGUCCCUUUUCUUAAAUGUUGAAGAGCAGCUUCUAGUCAGUGCAGGUAAUAUUUACUUAUUUCAUAAAGUUUAUACACUGCUUGAGUGUUGAAAGAAGAAGAGAAGAAGAAGAGUUUGGAUUUGAUAUCCCGCCUUUCACUCCCUUUAAGGAGUCUCAAAGCGGCUAACAUUCUCCUUUCCCUUCCUCCCCCACAACAAACACUCUGUGAGGUGAGUGGGGCUGAGAGACUUCAAAGAAGUGUGACUAGCCCAAGGUCACCCAGCAGCUGCAUGUGGAGGAGCGGAGACGCGAACCCGGUUCCCCAGAUUACAAGACUACCGCUCUUAACCACUACACCACACUGGCUCUCACACUGAACAACAACCCACGACCGUCAAAGUAGUUUGCAAGAUACAAAGCAAUAAAAUUAUCCAAAGGCGAAAUGAACAACAAUAAAAAUAAUAAUAGAUUAAAUCGCCCAUCAACUUUCUAAAUAUCCAGACAGGCUUGCCUAAGAGAUGUUUUUAGCAGGCACCAAGAAGUGCAUAGUGAAGGCCCCUUCCAGAUUUCAAGUGGCAGGGAGUUCCAAAGUUUAGCUGAAAUAUAGAUUUGUUAUUUCUUCAUAUUUAUCCAUUCUUAAUUUGCGUCGACAUGCAAUUCGUUCGUAUGUAGCUAAUCUGCCCAUAUCAUCAAUCCAUGUGCUCAGUGGAAUCUUUUUGCAGCUCUUCCAAUUCACCAAAACAAGUUUUUUUGCUUCUAAUAUAGCACGGCACAUCCAUAUUUUUUUUUUACCCCUUGUAAUCUCCCACGUUUCCGGAAUAUAAUUUAGAAUUAAAUUCAAUUCCCCUAAAUAACAAAAUCUUUUUUGUUACCUUUGCUAUAAAUAUCCUCACCUCGCUUCCUUCCAGAACAAAUCUGGAAGGAAUAUUUAAGCGAUAAGGCGGAUAGUGGUGGGAAGUAGGGGGAGGAGAGAGAGGUGGGGAAAUAUUGUUAAAAAGCUGUAGUCAUAGGUAUAUAUAUAUAAAAGUAAAAAGUUAGAGUUGUUACACAUGCGGAGAUAGAAAAUAUGGAUAGACCCGUGGUCUGACUUGAUGCAACGCAGUUCCUUAUGUCCUUCUGAAGCCAGCAGCGUCUUUUAUUCCUUAUUCCCCCAUCAAGGCCCCAACCCAACUGUCAGCCCACAACGUUCAUGCCAUGGGGAAACCCUGAGGUUCCAACGGCUGAAGAGGUGGUUUCAUGAUGUUCCUCUCCGCCCUGGAGCAGGACUUCCUUCCAACUUUGAGGAUAGAUGACAGCCCUGAAACUUCUCCCCUUCUCCUCAUUCUCUCUAGGUCGCCAUGCCCAAAUCCAGACCCAACAAGCUGCGCAGCUUCUGGCUGCUGGUGCUGCUGGUGGGCUUGGUGGUGUGGGGGGCUGUAGCCCUACAGGAAGACUCAGCUCCAAGAAGCUCCAUCUUGAGGGAAGGAGAUGGAGGCCCCGAGGAUGCAAGCAACCAGGAGAUACAGGUGGGUGCUGAGAUACUGUAUAAAGGACCUCUUGCAUCAAAGUCCAUCUCGCCAGAGUGGUGCAUGUUCUGGUUAUCUCCCGCUUGGACUACUGCAAUGCACUCUACAUGGGGCUACCUUUGAAGGUGACCCAGAAACUACAACUAAUCCAGAAUGUGGCAGCCAGACUGGGGACUGAGAGUGACCACUGAGACCAUAUAACACCCAUCUUGAAAGACCUACCAUAUUUUUCGCACCAUAGGACGCACCGGACAAUAGGACGCACUUUGUUUUAGAGGGGGGAGAACAAGAAAAAAAAAUUCUCCCCCUCUCUGCCCAGUGCCCCUUCAGUGAAGUGGCAGGAGGCGCUGCGCAGAGAGGGGGAGAACUUUCCCCCUCUUGUUUUCCCGCUCUAAAACAAGGUGCCGUUUAAGGUGCGUUCAGGCGGCUACUUGAGGCCUGGAGAGCGAGAGGGGUCGAUGUGCACUGACCCCUCUCGCUCUCCAGGCUUCAGGUUCUUCGACCUGCUCUUUGGGGCUGGCGGGGAAGCCCACCACCAGCCCCAAAGAGCAGGUCAGGGAGCAGCGGAAAGGCGCAGCGGAGAGGCUCCUGCCAGAGCCGCGCGUCACCUCUCCCGCCGGGAGAGGGUCGCGGGGGGCUGCUUUCGUCCCGCGCGCGCUCUCCCGGCUGGAUAGGUGACGCGCGGCUAUGGCAAGAGCCUCAACAGCCGCGCGUCACCUCUCCAGCCGGGAGAGGGUCGCGGGGCUAUGGCGUCUUCGCUCCAUAGGACGCACACACAUUUUCCCUUCAUUUUUGAAGGGGAAAAAGUGCGUCCUAUGGAGCGAAAAAUACGGUACAUUGGCUCCCAGUACGUUUCCGAGCACAAUUCAAAGUGUUGGUGCUGACCUUUAAAGCCCUCAAUGGCCUCGGUCCAGUAUACCUGAAGGAGCGUCAAGGGAACCAGGCAGAGGGCUUUCUCGGUGGUGGUGCCCACCCUGUAGAACGCCCUCCCCCCAGACUUCAAGGAGAUAAACAACUACCAGUACGGUAUAAUAAUAAUAAUAAUAAUAAUAAUAAUAAUAAUAAUUUAUUUAUACCCCGCCCAUCUGGCUGGGUUUCCCCAGCCACUCUGGGCGGCUUCCAACAAAGAUUAAAAGUACAUUAAAACAUCAGUCAUUAAAAGCUUCCCUAAACAGGGCUGCCUUCAGAUGUCUUCUAAAAGUCUGGUAGUUGUUUUUCUCUUGGACAUCUGGUGGGAGGGCGUUCCACAGGGCGGGCACCACUACCGAGAAGGCCCUCUGUCUGGUUCCCUGUAACUUGGCUUCUCGCAGGGAGGGAACCACCAGAAGGCCCUCGGAGCUGGACCUCAGUGUCCCGGCUGGACAAUGGGGGUGGAGACGCUCCUUCAGAAUAAUGCUCAGAAUUUUUGUGUGUGUGUUUGGUUGUGGGUAUAGGAGGGGUAGUAAAGGUAAAGGUAAAGGUGUCCCUGACCGUAAGGUCCAGUCACAGACGACUCUGGGGUUUCGUGCUCAUCUCGCUCUAUAGGCCGAGGGAGCCGACGUUUGUCCGCAGACAGCUUCUGGGUCAUGUGGACAGCAUGACUAAGCCGCUUCUGGCGAACCAGAGCAGCGCACGGAAACGCCGUUUACCUUCCCGCUGGAGUGGUACCUAUUUAUCUACUUGCACUUUGACGUGCUUUCAAACUGCUAUGUGGGCAGGAGCAGGGACCGAGCAAUGGGAGCUCACCCCAUGGCGGGGAUUUGAACUGCCGACCUUCCGAUCAGCAAGCCCUUGGCUCAGUGGUUUAGACCACAGUGCCACCCGCGUCCCACAUAGGGGUAGUAGUAACUCCCAACUUCUACCCCCUGACUCUGCCAUGUUCAUUCUCCCAUGGACCUUCCUUCCACAGGGUUUGAGGGUCAGGAGGUCCACUAGAUGGAGAUGGUUUACCUGCGCUUUCGUCAGAUGGGUGAACGGCUGGAGGAUUGUCACAAUUCGUCCAGGAUGCCUCAGCGCCUUGAGAGGCCGCUAAAAGUCUCGAGGCGAUCUGAAAAGGAAGCGUUAACAGCAUCAAAGCACCCCCGUCGCCCGGUGGUCUUCUGGGAAAUUCACAAACAGGUGGAACCAGCUUUGCAAGAACCCGACGACGCUGCAACGUCCCUGCGCUGUUGUCUUUCGGGGGAAACAAAGGCUUGUUUUAGCCGCCAACCAAAAACACCCCUCUUUUCCCAGACCUUUGGCUAAUUAAACAAUCGAUAGCCUUGCAAACUGUGUGUGUGCAUGUGAGGUUAUUUAUUGGGGUGGGGGCUGCUGUCUUCGGGAAAUAGUACACAGUAGUCUUCAAGGGAGGCUGUGCAGAAAUGAAACCCUAAGACAGUGUCUCCUUGCCUCUCUCAUAGCUUCUACAAGCUUGGUUCCAAAGAAGUCAGUCACUCAUGGCCAGGGCCGGAUUUAGGUUUGAUGCGGCCCUCAGCUAUUGAAGGUGAUGGGGCCCUUGAGAUGUCCAGCUGUCCUUUGUCAACAACAAAUUGUCGCUGUUUUUUGUGUUGAAUAUAUGCUAUAUGGGACGCGGGUGGCACUGUGGGUUAAACCACAGAGCCUAGGACUUGCCGAUCAGAAGGUCGGCGGUUCAAAUCCCCGCGACCAGGUGAGCUCCCAUUGCUCGGUCCCGGCUCCUGCCAACCUAGCAGUUCAAAAGCACGUCAAAGUACAAGUAGAUAAAGAGGUACCGCUUCGGCGGGACGUAAACGGCGUUUCUGUGCGCUGCUCUGGUUCGCCAGAAGCGGCUUAGUCAUGCUGGCCACAUGACCCAGAAGCUGUACGCCGGCUCCCUCGGCUAAUAAAGCGAGAUGAGUGCAGCAACCCCAGAGUCGGUCACUACUGGACCUAAUGGUCAGGGGUCCCUUUACCUUUACCUUUUAUAUUCUAUAUAGUAAUUUUUGGACCAAAUAAGUAUCUCAAGCCAUUUGCACAUAACAAAAAUAUGUAUUUUAGCAAAGUAAUUGUUACAACCAGUCCACGUAGAAUGUAGGCACCCUAUACAGCGGUACCUCAGGUUACAGAUGCUUCAGGUUACAGACGCUUCAGGUUGCAGACUCCGCUAACCCGGAAAUAGUACCUCGGGUUAAGAACUUUGCUUCAGGAUAAGAACAGAAAUUGGGUGGCGGCGGCGCAGCGGCGACGGGAGGCCCCUAUAGCUAAAGUGGUACCUCAGGUUAAGAACAGUUUCAGGUUAAGAACGGACCUCCAGAACAAAUUAAGUUCUUAACCCGAGGUACCACUGUAUAUAGAAAUGAGCAAACCAGUGAUAUUUGAAGGAUCAGGCUAGCAGGCGGGGACCAUUCCUUACACAACACAAAACACUGUUGCUGUAUGUAGGUUUUAUUUUAUUUGUUUUAUAUUUUGGAAAUGUACAUCCAGGUUUUUUUCCCUUUAAAUUUUUGGGGCCCCCAAGAGAAUGUGGCCCUAAGCUAUAGCUAUAGUGGGGUAUCAAUAAAUUAUCACCAUCAUCAUCAUCAUCAUCAUCACCAUCAUCUCACAGGGCCACUUGCAUUCCCAGAAGAUGCAGUCUAAGCAUUCCUAGGCUUCCAGAGUUCUGAGAGCACCUUACAGGGCAAGCAAAUAUUUUAGCUUUGCCUUUCGCUGAUUUAAGUCGGCGGGUCAACUUUCCCACUUCAUUCAUUUAUUUUUUAAAGAAACAUGCCAUUUACUGAUUUUCACAGAAGAAGAAUAAAAACGAACAAAGCAAAACUUUUUCUUCUUCUUCUUUUCAUUCCGCCGUGGCUGUUUUCCGCAGCUCACGGUCCCAAACGAAUCCACAUCUAAAGUUCUGCCAGGAUGGAGGCGAUAUAUUUUCCAGGACGAUAUCAAAUUCCACAAAGCCUUUUGCCAGAUCUGAGCUUCACGUAUCGCUUUCCUGGCGAUGGAAGCCGAUGCAACCGGAGAGUCUCAUUUUUGCAGCUCUCUUUCUCCUCUCGCGGCCUGAAAAUCCUUCCUUGCCCGCCCUAUUUUAAAACAACAACAACCUUGUCUUCUUCGAUGUGAUGGGAGGCUCUUGGGAAACAUCUCCUGCUGCGAUGCCCUGUGGAAGGGGCCUUUCUGCUGCAGGGUGGGCUUCAAGUCUUGGGAAAUAGGACAGCGGCCACAAACCUCCCUUUGUGAGGCCUGCCAGGAAACCCUUGCCAUGGGAUCACCUGCUCAGGUGAGCUCCGCCUUCCGGGCAAGAGAAACAGUGAACACCCCCAAGAGCUCCUUGCAAAAUCCUGGUUCCUCCGAAUGUAGGAGAUGAAGGGAAUUUACCUCCAUCUCCUGAUUCUCGGGGUCUUGGCUGCAGCUGCCGUGGCGAGGCCAAGCCAGCAAAGAACGAUGGCAAAGGAAGGAGUGGACAUUGUACAAAGACAGGACAGAGGGAUGGUACAAGGGGAUGCAAGGCAGCUGCUAGCUAUGGUAAGGCCAGACCCUCCAGGUGUCUCUAUUUUCUAGGGGCAGUCCUGGAUUUACAGAAGUUCCUGAUUUGAUCCCAGAAGGUCCAGCUUUUCCUUAGGAUGUCCCUAUUUUCAUUGAAGAAAUGAUGGAGGCCAUGUGACCUUGGAGCCAAGGAGAUAAGUAACCUUUAGGUAAAGGUAAAGGGACCUCUGACCAUUAGGUCCCGUCGUGGCCGACUCUGGGGUUGUGGCGCUCAUCUCGCUUUAUUGGCCGGGUCAUGUGGCCAGCAUUAAGCCGCUUCUGGCGAACCAGAGCAGCGCACGGAAACGCUGUUUACCUUCCCGCCAGAAUGAUACCUCUUUAUCUACUUGCACUUUGACGUGAUUUUGAACUGCUAGGUUGGCAGGAGCAGGGACCGAGCAACGGGAGCUCACCCCGUCGCAGUGAUUCGAACCGCCAACCUUCUGAUUGGCAAGCCCUAGGCUCUGUGGUUUAACCCACAGCGCCACCCGCGUCCCUCUAAAGUAACCUUUAGAAGACAUUUAAAGGGACGUUUCUUAAUGCUCAUUGUUUUAUUAUGUUUCCCUCCCCAAAAUUUUUAAAAUUUAUUUUCCAGAUUUUUCACACAGAAAAAAGGAAAAAAAAAACAUGACAAAACACACAACAAAGACAAUAAACUAAACACAUAAAAAAAUUAUUACUUCAAAUACCUAAAUCUCUUAACAUUGGUAACUGACAUCCUCGGAUCCCCUCUAUCUGAAUUUCAUUAUAUCACCUGUAUAACAGUUCUCCAAUUUCAUAUUUCUAAUAAUAUUAACUCCUUUCAUUAACUAACCUCUUCUCCUUUAUUAUUCUUCUAAUCAUUAAUAUUUACUACCACAUAUUCUUAUUCUACCCCUAAGCCUAUUUGUUACUUCCAAUAAUUUUCUAUUUAUCUUAUAUUACAAAAUGUUUUAUUAUGUUUUUAUAUAUGCUGGAAGUCACCCAGAGCGGCUGGGGGAACUCAGGCAGAUGGCCGGGAUAUUAUUAUUAUUAUUAUUAUUAUUAUUAUUAUUAUUAUUAAAUAGGACGUCCCUAUUUUGAUCAAAGAAAUGUUGGAAGGUAUGUAACUCAAACUACCCCUUUCCGUCUUUUUUACUCUGACAACGAGGAAUCAGAGGCAACAUAAUGGAUGUUUAUCAAAGAUUAACAUCCUGAUGCAACAAAAGAGACCAUUGUUCUAGGUCAUGUUCUCAUAUCUUAUUAUCUGGAUUACUAUUACAGUCUUGUUCAGAUGCUAAUUCUGUUUAUAUUGUAAACCGCACUGUGAUCUUCGGAUGAAGGGCAGUCUAGAAAUUUAAGUAAUAAUAAUUCACAGUGGCGAAAGAUAGAACGGUUUAUUAUUACCUACUAUGGAAGAACGGUUAUUGAAAUUAUUGGAUUUGGCUGGGAUGACAGAGCUGAUGUGUUUACUUAGAGAAAAAUCCUUGUUGACAUUUAUUAAUGAGUGGAAACUCCUUAUGGGCUUUCUGCCCCAAAGUGAGCCUGUGAUAUCUGGCUUUGAGGAAUGAAAAAAGUUUGUUUUUAGGGAAAGUUCGGUUUAUGGGAACCUGGAACUGAGCGUUCCAGUUUGCAAAUGUUCUUUGGAACCCAAAUGUCCGACAUGGCUUCUGUGGCUUCUGAUUGGUUGCAGGAGCUUCCUGCAGCCAAUCGGAAGCCGUGCCUUGGUUUCUGAAAGUUUUGGAAGUCGAACGGACUUCCGGAACGAAUUCCGUUCUACUUCCGAGGUACUGCUGUACUGCAAAGGGAAGUAAAAAUGUAUUAAUAUUGAUUAUCCUAUAGCACUGACAUGUUACAAGGGGGUGAAGGGCAUACAAUAUGGCAUGUUUAAUUUAAAUUCUGUUUUUUUGGCAUGUGUUUGUAAUAUAUAAAUAUUAAUAAAAAACAUUUUAAAAACAGGGUGGCAGAAAAUGAAAGGGUCCACUUCCACCAUGUGGCCUCUGACAGGUUAGACAUGGUAGAAGUUUAUAAAAUUAUACUAGCAAGUUGAAAGUAGAGAGGGAAAAUUUUCCUUCCCUCUCUCUUAACUCAAAUACAUCCAUUGAAGAGGAAUGUUGGAAUAUUCAGGACCGAUCAAAGACAUAGCUGUCAAUGUUUCCCCCCUUUUUAAGGGAAAUUCCCUUAUUCUGAAUAGAAUUUGUUAUGUACUGAAGUUCUCACCCUGGGCCAGCAGGGGGAUACUGUAGAUAGUUUUCUCUCAGGUCCACAUAUGCAAAUAAGGGAUCGAAAGUGACGUUCAGUGAUUGGAUAGUUACAGAAAAUGGUUACUGUUGCGUUGUAGUGGAGCUCUAUAUAAGCAGGCUGGCUGAACCCUUCAGUUCAGUUCUGUUCUGGCCUGUGAAUAAACAAGAGCUGUUUGAAGAAUCGCUGUGUCGUCUGAUAUGUUCACUCACAACUUAACAGAAUUCCUCGCAAGAAAAGGGAAAAGUUGACAGCUAUGAUGAAAGAGACAACUUCUUCAAGCAGCUGCGUAGCUAAACUACAGAAAUCGAGUUCUAGUGUUCUGAGAGAGGAAGAAAGAACUUUCUUUGACUAAGUAAUAACACUCUAAAUCCCCUUCUUUUUAUUUCCUCUCUCGAUCUCAGGACCCGAGAGGGCAGAGGUCCGGGAAGGGGAAGAAGAGGAAGGGCUGGAACACAGGAUCCAUUGCGAUUCUGGGCUCCAACGUGGCCCAGGGGUUCAAAGGCUGAGGAGCCGUUCUCUUGGAGCAGAGAGGAACCGGUCGAGAGGCAGGAAUCCAUUAUCCUGGACGUCUCCACGAGGGCGAGAGGGUGACCUCAAGGAACUCAGCACACCUGUGGGACAGAGAUGGCCCAGCAGAAAUGGAUGGGGGGCUCCAGGAGGUGACACCCCCUUCUCCAGCCUCUCCAAUUUUCCAGAUGCCAAUGUAAUCUUUCCCAGUUCUCGUGGUGGCGGAGGAGAGAUGUUUUCUAUCAAUAAAUCUCCCGUAGAGACUGAGCUCGCCUUGCCUCGUGGCUGUUUAUUUGCACGCAGGUUGGAGCUUGAGGAUGGAGGGCCAAGUCCUGGGCCGGCUAACCCCCACCCCUGUGCUUUGUGUUGAUGUUUAGUCAUUUAGUCGUGUCCGCCUCUUCGUGACCCCAUGGACCAGAGCAUGCCAGGCACUCCUGUCUUCAACUGCCUCCCGCAGCUUGGUCAAACUCAUGCUGGUAGCUCCGAGAACACUGUCCAACCACCUCGUCCUCUGUCGUCCCCUUCUCCUUGUGCCUUCCAUCUUUCCCAACAUCAGGGUCUUUUCCAGGGAGUCUUCUCUUCUCAUGAGGUGGCCAAAGUCUGGGAGCCUCAGCUUCAGAAUCUGUCCUUCCAGUGAGCACUCAGGGCUGAUUUCCUUCAGAAUGGAUGUGUUUGAUCUUCUUUAAGUCCAUGGGACUCUCAAGGUCUCCUCCAGCACCAUAAUUCAAAAGCAUCCAUUCUUCGGCGAUCAGCCUUCUUUAUGGUCCAGCUCUCACUUCCAUACAUCACUACUGGGAAAACCAUAGCUUUAACUAUACGGACCUUUGUCGGCAAGGUGAUGUCUCUGCUUUUUAAGAUGCUGUCUAGUUUAAGAUGCUGUGACUUUGCCACUAGAUGUCACUAAGAGACCACGUUGCGGCUGAUCUUUGAGAGCGACUGAGAGUCAUAGAAUUGUACAGUUGGAAGGGACCCUGAGGAUUAUGUAGUUAGUACAAUGCGGAGCAGAUCCUGGCAGCGAUUUGGUAAGUUCUACUUGCAAGGUGUCCCAAGGGCAAUUUGUAACAUAGGCAGCCAACCCGUGUCCCAGCUCUGCAGCUCCACCAAUUUAACCGAUGUCCUCUUGAAGUUUAAUCCUGCGUUUAAUGACCAGGCUGAGGUGCAUUUGUGAUUAAAUCUGUCUGGCCUGACUCUUCCCUAAGCACAGACUUCCCAAGCCAGUGCUAUUUUUCUAGAAAAAUAACUCUAUCUUAAACGCCUCUCUUGUUCUCUUAGAAUAGGUGUCACCUAAGAGGAGCCAAAAGGGACGCAGGUGGCGCUGUGGGUUAAACCACAGAGCCUAGGACUUGCCGAUCAGAAGGUUGGCGGUUUGAAUCCCCGCGACGGACUGAGCUCCCAUUGCUCGGUCCCAGCUCCUGCCAACCUAGCAGUUCGAAAUCACGCCAGUGCAUGUAGAUAAAUAGGUACCACUCCGGCGGGAAGGUAAACGGCGUUUCCGUGCGCUGCUCUGGUUUGCCAGAAGUGGCUUAGUCAUGCUGGCCACAUGACCCGGAAGCUGUAUUCUGGCUCCCUCGGCCAAUAAAGCGAGAUGAGCGCCGCAACCUCAGAGUUGGUCACGACUGGACCUAAUGGUCAAGGGUCCCUUUACCUUAAGAGGAGCCAAAACUGGCUGGGGAAAAAACCCCUGUCCACGCACUGAUUAAGUAAGAUGUGCAUGUAUUUUGCGGCCAACUACUGUACUUUUCUGUGUAUAAGACUAGGGUUUCUUUUUUAUAAACUAUGCUAAAAAGUGGGGGCUGUCUUAUACAUGGAUUGUGCAUAGGGUGGACGUUUGAUUGGUUGCAGCUGCGACUGUCAGCGGCUAGGGGGCGUGUUAUUGGUUGCUGCGUCAAUAGCUGGUGUUGAUUGGCUGAUGCGGUGGCAAUUGGGUGGGUGAUUGACAGCUUCUGCCGGUGAGGGGACAGACGAGAGGCAGAUUUAGAGACGCGUGCAGGUGAGCGAUUUCUGGCAACCCCCCCUGAAAAAGCUCAAAAAUCCUGGGUAAUCUCCCCGCAGAAAGCUCAACAACUCUGAGCCAUCUCCCCCCAUUUUCUUAAAUUUGAGCCCCCCAAAAUAGAGGGCGUCUUAUACGUCGGGGCUUCUUAUACACGGAAAAGUAUGGUAUUUUGUGCAAAUGUCCAGGGCAGCUGUUUACCAGCUCCAUCUGGUACACAGGCUGAGACCCUAUCUGCCUGCGGACUGCCUCGCCAGAGUGGCACAUGCUCUGGUUAUCUGCAAUGCGCUCUACAUGGGGCUACCUUUGAAGGUGACCCGGAAACUACAACAAAUCCAGAACACGCCAGCCAGACUGGUGACUGGGAGUGGCCGCCAAGACCAUAUAACACCUGUCUUGAAAGACCUACAUUGGCUCCCAGUACGUUUCCGAGCACAAUUCAAAGUGUUGGUGCUGACCUGUAAAGCCCUAAACGGCCUCAGUCCAGUAUACCUGAAGGAGCGUCUCCACCCCCAUCAUCCAGCCCGGACACUGAGGUCCGGCGCUGAGGGCCUUCUGGCGGUUCCCUCCCUGCGAGAAGCGAGGUUACAGGGAACCAGGCAGAGGGCCUUCUCGGUAGUGGUGCCCGCCCUGUGGAACGCCCUCCCACCAGAUGUCAAAGAGAACAACAACUAUCUGACUUUUAGAAGACAUCUGAAGGCAGCCCUGUUUAGGGAAGCUUUUAAUGUUUGAUAUAUGACAGUAUUUUAAUAUUUUUUUGGAAGCCGCCCAGUGUGGCUGGGGAAGCCCAGCCAGAUGGGCGGGGUAUAAAUAAUAAAUUAUUAUUAUUAUUAUUAUUAUUAUUAUUAUUAUUAUUAAUGCUGCAGAAAAACUCUCGUGUACGAGGUGCAGCCAGCCCACAAUAAAAUACCCAUCUGGAAGCUCUCGCUCUCUCAGCAACGAAAAGCAUUUGUGAAAAAUCUAGGGCACCAUCCAAUCAAUACUUUCUAGGGCAAAAUUUGGAAAUGGGCUGGGUUUGGGGCGUGUGUGAAUCAAGCACACCUGUUUUUGUCCCCAACCAUGGCAAACAGAGGAGCAGAUGGGCCAUUGGCCACUUAACAGCCACUGGCAGAUGGGAGUAAAAUCCUUGAUAAAUGUUUAGCUUCCCUUUUACAGCCAGUAAAUUCCAAUUAGCAUUUUCCAAUAUAGGUGCUCAACACGCUCAGUUUUAAUAUACAAUCUGGAUUUAUCUCCGGCUGCCAAUGGACAAGCAAAAACUCGCCGGAACACGAGAUGCUGGAUCAGGUCGGUGGUCUGAGAGACAGUGUUGUGUAGUGGUUUGAGCGUUACGCUAGGAUCUGGGAGACAAGGGUUCGAAUUCCUACUGGGCCAUGACAUUCACUGGGUGUAACAUUGAACCAAUCGCUGUCUUCUCUCUUUAUAUAUAUAUAUAUAUUUAUUGAUUUUUUUUUUAAAAAUAAUUUUUAUUGAAUGAUUUUAUGUUACAAAAAACAAUACAACCAUACUACCACUAAAUAUAAUUAAGAAAUAAAAAUUGCAUACACCAAUAUUUAGUUUAUUGAUUUUUAACAUAUCAUUUUUCAACAAUCAUUUAACACAAUUUCAUAUUUUAUACAAUUUUUUUUGACUUCCAUCAAUCGCACCCGAAAAUUUUCCAAUCUUUUCCACUUAAUUUACAUUUCUUAAUUUCACCAUUACUUUUAAUUAUCUUAACUAAUAACUCUCUUCAUAACCUUCCUUGCAAUAUUUCAUAUGUUCCUCCUUACGAAACUUCUUGUAAUCCUACUAGCCUAACCUGUUGAUUACAAUUGCUUUUCAAAUAGUUCACAUAUUUAUUCCAGUCUUCUGAGAAUCUCUGGUCCCGCAGGUUUCGUUCCCGCCCCCCCAAUAAUUUUUUUAUUGUUUUCAUCGAACAUACACUUAUAAUACAAAUAUGUCACAUAAUUAUCUUUAGCUCUGCUGAGCUUCGGACUUCCCUCCACCCCUUCGGUAAGUAUCGUAUAAUUUCUAACAUCGCGUAUUCUAUUUAGUUAACUUUAUUUUUACCAUAAGUUGUAAGAAUUAUUCCAGCCCUGCCAGUGUCUUUAGGGUUUUACAAUUAUCUGUUAUAUACACCAUAUAUUUACUCCAGCUUUCUCAGUCUCAGUCAGUUUUAUUACUCCAGCUUUCUUGAAACUUCCGUUCAUCCUGGUCUCGUAUUUUUCCUGACAAUCUGGCCAGUUCUGCCUAACUCAUCAUGUUAACCUGCCAUUCCGCAAUGGUGGGUAUUACAUCUGUUUUCCAGUUCUGGGCCAGCAUAAUUCUUGCUGCCACCGUGGCAUAUGGAAAAAGUUUUUGAUCCUUUUUUUUUUUUUACAGUGGUACCUCAGGUUACAUACUCUUCAGGUUACAUACGCUUCAGGUUACAGACUCCGCUAACCCAGAAAUAACCUUGGGUUAAGAACUUUGCUUCAGGAUGAGAACAGAAAUUGGGCUCCGGCGGCGCAGUGGCAGUGGGAGGCCCCAUUAGCUAAAGUGGUGCUUCAGGUUAAGAACAGUUUCAGGUUAAGAACGGACCUCCGGAACGAAUUAAGUACUUAACCCGAGGUAUCACUGUAUUUCCUUCCCCAUCAAUCCCAGUAGAAAGGCUUUGGGCUUUUUUGAGAAAGUGUACUUAAAGAUUUUUUUGAGUUCAUUGUAAAUUAUUUCCCAAUUUUUUUUCACUUUACCACAGGUCCACCACUUGUGGUAAAGAUCUCCCUCCGCUUCUCUACAUUUCCAACAUUUCUUAUUUUUAUUCUGUACAUCUUUGCCAAUUUUGCCGGCGUAAGAUGCCACCUAUAAAUCAUUUUCCAUAGAUUCUCCUUCAAUGCUGUACAAGGUGUAAAUUUCAUAUUUACAUUCCAUAGUUCAUGCCAUGCAUCUAAUUCAAUAUUAUAUCCAAAAUCAGUGGUCCUGCAGGUUUCGAAUCCUUCCUGUCAUCUUACCUAAUUCUGCAUAGUCCAUUAAUUUUCAUCUGCCAUUCUUCUUCCGUCGGUAAUUCUUCUUGCUUCCAUUUCUGGGCCAACAAUACUCUUGCAAUCGCUGUCUUCUCUCAGCCUAACCUAAACAGAGGAUGGAUGGCCAAUUGUGAGGGAAUUAUUUAGCUGAGAUUCCUGCAUUGCAGGGGGUUGGAAUAGAUGACCCUCACAGUCCCUUCCAUCUCUACAAUUCUAUGAUUCCUUGCCUUGCGAGCUGCCUUCUUUCCUUUGACUCUCAUCUGUCUCAUUCCCUGCACUUACCGUAUUUUUCGCUCUAUAAGAUACACCAGACCACAAGUUUUUGGAGGAGGAAAACAAGAAAAAAAAUAUUCUGAAUCUCAGAAGCCAGAACAGCAAGAAGGAUUGCUGUGCAGUGAAAGCAGCAAUCCCUCUUGCUGUUCUGGCUUCUGGGAUAGCUGCGCAGCCUGCAUUCACUCCAUAACACACACACACAUUCCCCCUUACUUUUUAGGAGGGAAAAAGUGAGUCUUAUAGAGCAAAAAAUACGGUAAUUCCGCUUAUUUCUUCUCUUCCUCUUCCCCCAACUCCUUGUCCAGUUUUACAGCUCACAGGCCAGAACAAAGCACACUGUAAAAUGUGCAAAUCUCUGUUCGCAGCCGAGUUGUCGGCAACCUCCAUUAACUUUCUCGUAAUAAAUAUUAUUUAACGGUGUCCCCUCGCACGGAACUGGGGGUGGUGUUGGUUCAAAGGCAAGAGAGAGAGAGAGAGAGAGCAAGAGAUUGGAGGAGUGAAAUCAACACCGCAACAUGCGAGGCUGUAAAACAAGGAAUCAUUACACUCAAAUUGCUUUUUCACAGGGAGACUUGAUGGAGAAGAAAAGGGAAAUUGGACAGCCAGGGGUGGAAGGGGAUAUGAGAAAAUGGGGAGCGGGCAUUAGGGUGAACUUUCUCAACAUCAACUUCGUUGGACUGGUCAUAUUGUGCGGGUGCCCGAUGAUCUUCUUCCAAAGCAACUACUCUAUUCCGAACUUAAAAAUGGAAAGCGUAGUGCGGUGGUCAACAAAAGAGGUUUAAAGACUGUCUCAAGGCAAAUCUAAAAAAAGGUAGUAUGAACACCGACAACUGGGGAACACUGGCUUGCGAGUGCUCCAGUUGGAGAACAGCCUUUUCCAAAGGUGUCGUGGGCUUUGAAGACACUCAAACUCAGGAUGCAAGGGAGAAACGUGAUAAGAGGAAGGAACGCUUGGCAAACCCUCACCAGGAGCAACUCCCGCCCGGAAACCAAUGUCCCCACUGUAGAAGGAUGUGUGGAUCCAGAAUUGGCCUCCAUAGUCACUUACGGACUCACUGUUAAAACCGUGUUUAUGGAAGACGAUCUUACUCGGCUACGAGGGAUCGCGGAAGAAGAAGAAGAAGAAGAAGAAGAAGAAGAAGAAGAAGAAGAAGAAGAAGAAGAACUUUCUCAGAAAUUGGGUGGUGCCAUUAUAUAAUUCUAUGACUGCGAUGGCCACUUGGAAUACCGUGCUUCAGUUCUGGUUGCCUCCCCUCAAAAAGGACAUUGUAGAGUUGAAAAAGGUCCCAAAAAUGCUCAGUGGGGAUGGAAUAACUGGGGUUCACAAGCAUUGCUGUACAUAGUGUUUUGCCGCUGGUGCUGGGGUCUUGUGCAAUGGCUCCUCGCACCGCUGCGAGCCCCUGCGGGGUGACUUCUUGUCACCCCCGCAGACAUGGCACCCGGGGCGAAAUGCCCCCCCCGCUCCCCAUUGCGACGUCACUGGGUCAGACCACACCUGGAAUACUGUGUCCAGUUCUGGGUGCCACCAUUUAAGAAGGAUGUUGGCAAGCUGGAAGGUGGGCAGAGGAGGGAGACCAAGACGAUCAAGGGUCUGGAAACUAAGCCUUAUGAUGAAUGGUUGAAGGAGCUGGGGAUGUUUAGCCUGGAAAAGGGGAGACUGAGAGGAGAUAUGAUUUUCAUUUUCAAAUAUCUUAUUUAUUUUUUACUUUUUUUACUUUUUUUCAAAUUUAAUCUUUAUUGGUUUUGCAAUUACAUACUACACGUACACAUAUUGUAUUACAUUUUACAUUUAUGCUUGCUCCUAGGAGCUGACUUCCUUCCUUCCUUCUUCUGGCUUUUUUAUAUCGCCUUUAAAUUUUUCGCAUUGUCUUUGUCCAUUUCGUAUAUUGUUGUUCUGUUUCGGCAUUUAUCCAUAAAGCGUAUGUAAACAAAUAAAACCUUCUCUAUAUACCAUUGCAUCUUCAAAUAUCUUAAGGGAUGUCACACGGAAGAGGGAACAAGUUUCUCCUACUUUGGAGGGUAGGACUCGAACCCAUGGCUUCAAGUCACAAGGAAGUAGAUCUCAACAUCUUUCUGACAGCAAGGGCUGUUCAGCAGUGGAACAUUCUCCCUCAGAAGGUGGUGGACUCUCCUUCCUUGGAGGUUUUUAAGCAGAGGUUGGCUGGCCAUCUGUCAUGGAUGCUUUAGCUGAGAUUCCUGCAUUGCGGGGGUCAGACUAGAUGACCCUUGGGUCCCUUCCAGCUCUACAAUUCUAUGUUUCUGUUACAAAUAUCCUUUUUGGAAAUGCUAGAGGUUGAACUUUAGAACUUCCAGACACAAAACCAGUGAUCUUCCUCUGUGCUGUAUUCAUUUUACAUUGCGAUGGCGUCAGAUUGGGCUCUUCUGCCAACACGGCAUCCUGGGACCACGAGUGGCGUAAAACCACAGACUGUGACUUUUGCUGGCUGUACAGCCUUCAUUCUGGAUCUGCCUGAAGCUGCCGGUAUUAUGGCUCAGAAAGCCCCGGGUAUUACCUGCGGUUUAGGGAUUUGAAGUUAAUUAAUUGAGCAAAAACACGCUGUUUCUCAUUAAUAAAUGGUGUUAUUGGAUUAUUUUUAUAUGUAUUUGAUGACGGAGGAGUUGCCUCAGGCAAAAUCUAGGAAUUUACUUCCCACUGUGGAAGGACAUGUGGAUCCAGAAUUGGCCUCCACGGUCACAGUUUACGGACUCACUGUUAAAACCAUGUUUAUGGAAGACAAUCUUACUCGGCUACGAGGGAUCGCAGCCAGGGACAGAGAACUUGAAAGUGUUAAGAUCAGAAGGCAGAAAAUAUGAAAACAAUGAAAAGAGGCAGGAAUGAAGAUUUGGAGAUAUGCUUCAGAGGUCCAGCCUGGAAAAAUUAAUAAUUACAAUUUGGACUACACUGGUACCUCGGGCUAAGUACUUAAUUCGUUCUGGAGGUCCGUUCUUAACCUGAAACUGUUCUUAACCUCAAGCACCACUUUAGCUAAUGGGGCCUCCUGCUGCUGCCGGGCCGCCGGAGCACGACUUCUGUUCUCAUCCUGAAGCAAAGUUCUUAACCUGAAGCAUUAUUUCUGGGUUAGCGGAGUCUGUAACCUGAAGCGUAUGUAACCUGAAGCAUAUGUAACCUGAGGUACCACUGUAUAAUUGGUCAUUUUAAAAAAACAUUUUAGUUUAGUAUUUUUAAUUGGAUUAUGAUUCGGAUAUGUUGAUUGUCUGUUUUUAUUGGAAAAUCAAUAAAAAAUAUUAAUUUUUUUAAAAAAAAAGAGGGAUCGCCAAAGUAGAAGAAGAAAGGUUCCAAUUACAUCACUGUCCAGGCAGAAUACCUUCUGCAAAAACAACAGAACUUUCCCCCCUCUUUCCUUUCCUCCCCCCACAUCUGCUUUGGGGGUUCCCACAAUCCUCUGGGGCAGAUGUAGAAUUGGUGCAGGGAUUCAGGUGGAGGAGAGGGUGGGGCAGUUACGCUGAACUUUCAGAAAUUAUUCCACACAUGCAACAACUUGCAAAGGCGAGUUUCCGCUGAAGAGAACAGAAUUGUUCUUCCACCAUUCCUCUCCUGUCUUCGUGUUUUUUCUAUAUUUAAUAAACUUGCAAGGAAAGUCGAUACAAAAAAAGACAAUGAGAAGCACUGAUUUAAUAACUCCAAAAACUCACAUUUGUCCACCUGUUUCUCUAACAACCCAAUUUCCCUUUUCAAUCUUCUUGCUUUAUGACUGACACCGGAGAUGAUUCUUUCUUUCCACGAUUUCCUCUCUUCCUGAAUGUGCGCGAUGUUUUCUGUAUUCAGCUUGCUCCUUUGCAAACGCCAUCUGCCUCUGCUCCUCUGCAAAUCUCUUUUAAUAAAACUGCAUCUGCACCUCUGCUCGCUUCUUCUAAUCCUUCUGCGUCUCAGCUGCUUUUUAAAUUAUUAUUUACAGCUUCUGCAGGACAGUGGAUGGGGCUGCGGUACCAAUAAGCUCUGAGAGGAGCUGGCACAAAAAACAGACGCCCGCUUUCUCUUCCUCGCAUCUCCUUCCUCAGUCAAUUUCCCAGGUCCAGUUCCUGGCCUCCUCAAUGAAAAGUCUCUGUGCUGGUCCCGUGGGUUACCCGAGAGGCAAGGUCCAAGUCCGGUCCGUGGUCAAAGGUGCAACGUGGAGGCAGUCCGUAGUAGCUGAAGAUGCGUGCAGGGCAGGGAGUCGGAUGAAGUCAGGAACAGGCUUGCAAGCAGGAAGCCAGGGCGGGUCAGGAGCUCAGGGAGGAAAGCAAGAGAGGGUUCAGGCAGGAACUAGCAGGGACGUGGGUGGCACUGUGGGUUAAACCACAGAGCCUAGGACUUGCUGAUCAGAAGGUCGUGGUUCGAAUCCCCGCGACGGGGUGAGCUCCCGUUGCUCGGUCCCUGCUCCUGCCCACCUAGCAGUUCGAAAGCACGUCAAAGUGCAAGUAGAUAAAUAGGUACCACUCUGGUGGGAAGGUAAACGGCGUUUCCGUGCUCUGCUCUGUUUCGCCAGAAGCGGCUUAGUCAUGCUGGCCACAUGACCCAGAAGCUGUACGCAGGCUCCCUCGGCCAAUAAAGCGAGAUGAGCGCCGCAACCCCAGAGUCAGCCACGACUGGACCUAAUGGUCAGGGGUCCCUUUACCUUUACCUAGCAACCAACAAUGUUGCUCCUGCAACUUGGGACUGGGGCUGGCUGGCUUUUAUCUCCCCCGAGGCAUAGGGCAGCCCUGAUGCUCUGGUGACUCACCUCUCCUGGCCUGGAGGCGAGCACUCCUCCUGCGAGAACUUAGUUCCCUCCGCCUCUCUGCCCUGAGCCUCUGCAGCUCAGGAGAGGCUGGAGGGCUACCGGACCCAGAGGCAACCUCAGCUUCCUCUGACGGGGCUGAGAGUGGAGCACCUGCAGGCAAUGGGUCCUCCAUCACCUCAGGAGCCAGAGCAGACUCAGCUGAUGCCUGCACUUGAGGAUCCAGCACAGGUGAGGACCCUUCAGGCUCAAGUCCCAGCCCCGGCUCAGCUGGUUCUGGAGGCGGGGACUCCUGUGCAGGCUGGAAUCCCUCAGGUUCAUCCGAAUCCCAGGCCAUCACAGUCUCUCUGGAUUAGGAUAGGAGAGCUACAUUCGGACCCCAAAACUUCCUGAGAUAGGGUUGUGGCUGCCGAGACCAUAUGACACUGGUCUUGAAAGACCUACAAUGGCUCCCAGUACGUUUCCGAGCACAAUUCAAAGUGUUGGUGCUGACCUUUAAAGCCCUGAACAGCCUCGGCCCAGUGUACCUGAAGGAGCGUCUCCACCUCCAUCGUUCUGCCCGGACACUGAGGUCCAGCUCUGAGGGCCUUCUGGCAGUUCCCUCACUGCGAGAAGCCAGCUUACAGGGAACCAGGCAGAGGGCCUUCUCGGUAGUGGCCCCCGCCCUGUGGAAUGCCCUCCCACCAGAUGACAAAGAAAAAAACAACUACCAGACUUUUCGAAGACAACUGAAGGCAGCCGUAUUUAGGGAAGCUUUUAAUGUUUAAUAGGUUAUUGUAUUUUAAUAUUUGGUUGGAAGCCUCCCAGAGUGGCUGGGGAAGCCCAGCCAGAUGUGCGGGGUAUAAAUAAUAAAUUAUUAUUAUUAUUAUUGCAAGCUUCCAGUCUCAAUGGCCAGAGCCAGGCAAGGUGAGAUGACUGUCUAUGGUGUAAGGAUCGACAGGGGCAGACCGAUCUGGCUUCCAAGGAAUGCAUCACCUGCCACCACCGCCACCAUGGUAACAAUGACAGUUAUGGCACAGCCCUUGGAGGCAGGAUUUCUUCCUCCUUGGUGUCAUCCUGCCUACAAGCCUUAGGAGGAAUUAUUGAAGGAGCUGGAUGUUUAGACUGGGAAAGUGGAGACUGAGAGGAGAUAUGAGAGCCAUCUUUAAAUAUCUCAGGGGCUGUCCCACGGAAGAGGGGGACAUGCUUGUUUCCUCCUGCUCUGGAGGGUGGGACUCGAACCCAUGGCUUCAAGUUACAAGAAAGGAGAUUCCAAUUACAGUGGUACCUCAGGUUACAUACGCUUCAGUUUACAUACGCUUCAGGUUACAGACUCUGCUAACCCAGAAACAGUGCUUCAGGUUAAGAACUUUGCUUCAGGAUGAGAACAGAAAUCGUGCUCCGGCGGCGCGGCGGCAGCAGCGGGAGGCCCUAUUAGCUAAAAUGGUGCUUCAGGUUAAGAACAGUUUCAGGUUAAGAACGGACCUCCGGAACGAAUUAAGUACUUAACCCGAGGUACCACUGUACAGUGGCACCUUGGUUCUCAAACUUAAUCUGUUCUGGAAGUCCGUUCCAAAACCAAAGCGUCCCUAAACAAGGCUGCUUUCAGAUGUCUUCUAAAAGUCAGAUAGUUGCCGCAUUCUGGAUUAGUUGUAGUUUCAGGGUCACCUUCAAAGGUAGCCCCACGUAGAGCGCAUUGCAGUAGUCCAACCCCCUGCAAUGCAGGAAUCUUUUGUCCAACGUGAGGCUCGAACCCGGGACCCUGGAAUUAAGCAUCUCAUGCUCUUCCGUCUGAGCUAUCCCAGCUGAUUUCUUAAGAAGAAACGCAGACACAGUGGUAGGUAAGUAGCUGGUCCCUGGUGGAGCCACCAGCCUUCUGAUUCGAUGCAAUCCUCUACUUCGAAAACCCUCCUAAUGCCCCGCUUGAAAAACCCAUCCAAAAUCUGGUCUGCAAUAAAAAUGCAAGGUUAUUGAGUGACUCUUGAUCCCUUUUGCCUUGAGUCUCAUUUCACUCUGUAUUGACAUUAUGCCAGGGCAGCUGAUCGGAUUAUAAAUAGCCUCUGCCUCUCUACUUGAUUGCAGCUCUGCCAAGUCUGAGCUCCCAAUUUUCAUUUGUUUCUUCCAAAGUCUUUGCAAAGUGCAUCUCCCCUUUCGGAAUUAUGGUUGGCCUUCAACAAUUCGGAGAGGUCAGGAGUACUAAAACGCAACCAUCAAACCUGAGAUCGUCCUCUGCAAACUGAGUGAGGAGCCUGGAAUUUAAUUUCUGGGCCUCCCCGAUGGUGAUUUUGAGCCAGGGAUGGACAAACCAGUCCUGUUCCCAUUCCUCACGGCCCUCCACCUCUGAUAUCCCCCUCAUUUCUCCAUAAAUAUGAGAAAUAACCCCCACUUUCCCCUCUUGCACUUUUAUAUGUGUUACCGUAUUUUUCGCUCCAUAAGACGCACCUAGUUUUUAGAGGGGGAAUGCAAGAAAAUAAAUAUUCUUUAAAGGGAGCGCUGAGAAGAACCUGUGUGCAUCCCAGGCUCUGCUCAGCACUCCCUUUCACGAGCCGCGUGGAGCGUGUGUGCGGCUCUUGGGGGCUUUUCCGGGAGGUGGGGGAAGGGACAGAGGGGCUAAGCCAGAAGCUAGAACAGCAAGAGGGAGCGCUGUGCAACGAUUCCUCUCGCUGUUCUGGCUUCUGGGAUAGCUGCGCAGCCUGCAUUCACUCCGUAAGAUGCACACACAUUUCCCCUUACUUUUUAGGAGGGGAAAAGUGCAUCUUAUAGAGCGAAAAAUACGGUCAAGUCCCACAGGGCCCUUGUCUCUUGUGACAGAGCGUCCCACCAAGUCGGGGCCAGUACUGGAAAGGCCCUGGCCCUAGUUGAGACCAACCUAACCACCUUGCGACCAGGGACCUCCAAAAUGUUGUCAUUUGUGGACCUUAAGCUCCUCUGUGAGGCAUAGCAGGAGAAGCGGUCCUGUAGGUACGUGGGUCCUAGGCCGCAUAGGGCUUUAAAGGUCAAAACCAGCACCUUAAAGCUGACCCUGUACACCACUGGGAGCUAGCGCAGCCCCGAAAUUUGGAAUCCCCUACAAGCUCUUGCCAGAGUUUUGCAGUGUUUUGCAGCCAAUCCCCCCCACAUUUUGCAACAACCCUCAAGCUGAGUAUGUGAUGCUCAAACUUAGGGUCAUAGCUAUCACCCCCAAAACCCCACGUUGAUGCGAUUCACUCCAGACAAGUGCCACAGUUUGGCAAUAGUUUUACGGCUUUUGUCCGAGAAAGCCCUGUAUUUUGCAGUGCCCCACAAACUGAGCAAUCGAUACUCAAACCUAGGGUCAUAGCGAUCGCUCCUAAACCCAAAAUUGUCCGACUGGGCCUCAUUGUUAACGGUGAACAGGGAAAGGGUCUUGUGAACAAUCGCAGUUACUGGCAAAUCACAGACUAACAACUGUGGCAGAGCAGAGAGAAAGAACAAGAGAGAGGAAACAGGAACAUUUGUAGCUCGGAGCUAUUCCGGCGAAGCGAUCCAAGAUAAUGUUUUUCAUUGAUCACAAAAUCUGACAAUCACUUCUUCGUCUUGUGAACUUCUUCUUUGUUUUAUUAUAUUUUUCUUUGGCAACUCAAACAAGAGCGGUUUCGUUGGCUUGCAGGCAAUAUUCUGCGCUCGCGAUGGAAAUACAAAUGUUCUCAACUCAUUCGCGACAGCCUCUCCCCCUUUUUCCUUUCUCUUGCCGCAGUUUGACGUUCUUGCUCCGGCGGUUUAAGUUCUCGCCGGUGGAUGCGAUCAGUUCUUUGCAUGGGGAACCUUUGGGGCUGAAUUGUAAAUGCAGAAUGGAAAAGUUGUAGCAUUUAAUUCUGUUAUGUACUGAAGUUCUCAGCCUGGGCCAGCAGGGGGAUACUGUAGAUAGUUAUGCAAAUGAAGGAUCGAAAGUGACGUUCAGUGAUUGGAUAGUUUUAGAAAGUUGCAACAGUUACAUUGUUCUGGAGCUCUAUAUAAGCAGGCUGACUGAGCUCCUCAGUUCAGUUCUGUUCCAGCUUACAAAUAAAGAGCUUCUUUGGAAGAAUCGCUGUGUCGUCUGAUAUGUUCGCCCACAACAUAACAAAUUCCCCUCAGGAAGAAAAGGUCAUAUCACCCGUGGGGCUUUUCAAUUUAGAGCAGGGGUCAGCAAACUUUUUCAGCAGCGGGCUGGUCCACUGUCCCUCAGACCUUGUGGGGGGUUGGACUAUAUUUUGAAGGAAAAAAAUGAAUGAAUUCCUGUGCCCCAUAAAUAACCCAGAGAUGCAUUUUAAAUGAAAGGACACAUUCUACUCAUGUAAAAACAUGCUGAUUCUUGGACCGUCCGUGGGCCAGAUUUAGAAGGCAAUUGGGCCGGAUCUGGCCCCCGGGCCUUAGUUUGCCUACCCAUGGUUUAGAGUAAAGUCGAGUAAGUUGGGACAUGAUUGAAGCGUAUUGUUAUGGGUUAGUGGGGGAACAGGGAUCCCCCAGAUCCCUGGGGGCAAGAUUCCCAUACCAUCCAACAUUUUCUGUCCCUGCCCCCACCCCUCACCUGCCCAGGCUGCCUUGGCCCACUGCCACCACUGCCAUGCACUGCCUCUACUGACUGCUGUGGUCUAAACCACUGAGCCUCUUGGGCUUGCCGAUCAAAAGGUCGGCGGUUCAAAUCCCCGCAACGGGGUGAGCUCCUGUUGCUCGGUCCCUGCUCCUGCCAACCUAGCAGUUCGAAAGCACACCGGUGCAAGUAGAUAAAUAGGUACUGCUGUGAUGGGAAAGUAAAUGGUGUUUCUGUGCACUCUGGCACUCGUCAUGGUGUCCUGUUGUGCCAGAAGCGGUUUAGUCCUCCUGGCCACAUGACCCAGAAAUCUGUCUGUGGACAAAGGCCGGCUCCCUUGGCCUGAAAGCGAGAUGAGCGCUGCAACCCCAUAGUCGCCUUUGACUGGACUUCACCAUCCAGGGGUCCUUUACCUUUUACCUGCCACCAACUGACUUACCUUUGCCGGCUCGCCACUGCCUCCAUGAACCCAAAGCCUCUGCCUCUUCCUCCAUGAGGUCUACCAAGGAACUUCAGAGUGUCUCUUUGACAUUGCCAGUGUGCCUCUCAGAAGGUGCCCAGAUUUUUAAUUGAUAAGAAAUAUUGUACAUUAGAAAACAAAAAGAACUCCUUACAGUGUUUGAUUCAUAACAUAGAACACAAGUAUAUACAGUGGUACCUUGGGUUACAGACACUUCAGGUUACAGACUCCACUAACCCAGAAAUAGUAACUCGGGUUAAGAACUUUGCUUCAGGAUGAGAACAGAAAUUGCAGGGUGGCAGCGGGAGGCCCCAUUAGCUACAGUGGUGCUUCAGGUUAAGAACAGUUUCAGGUUAAGAACGGACCUCCAGAACGAAUAAAGGUCUUAACCAGAGGUACCACUGUACAGUGGUACCUUGGUUCUCAAGCACCUUGGUUUCAAAAUGCCAAAAACCUGGAAGUGUUCCAGUUUCCGAAUGUUUUUCAGAAGCCGAACGUCCGAUGCGGCUGUCGGUUAUUGUUUCUGGGGCGUCUGCACCAAUCAGAAGCUGCACCUUGGUUUUCAGACAUUUCAGAAGUCAAACGGACUUCCGGAAUGGAUUAAGUUUGGUGCUUUUGUUUUUGCUAUUCAUUUUGCGUUUAUGUGGCUUUUUUGGUUAAUUUGUUUUUGUGGCUGUGUAGAACCCAGUUCCGCUACUGAUUGAUUGAUUGAUUGAUUGCGUAACUGCGGAAAUGGAUAAAAGCCCCCCAUCCAAACAAUGACUAUCAUCAGUGCAAGUAAGGAUUUUUUUUUUUUAAUCAUCUACAAUACAGUCUAAUUUAUUUUAUAGUACAGUACAGUGAAUAUUGCUUUCAUUUUAUGGAUCAAUGGUCUCGUUUGAUAGUGAAAUCCAUGUUAAAUUGCUGUUUUGAAGAUUAUUUUUAAAAGUUUGGAACUGAUUAAUCCCUUUUGUAUUACUUUCUAUGGGAAAGCACGCCUUGGUUUUGGAACGCUUUGCUUUUGGAACGGACUUCCGGAACGGAUUAAGCUUGAGAACCAAGGUGCCACUGUAUAUUUAUAAUCUUUAUGAAGAAUAUUACAAGUUAAAGUAAAAAAGAAAAAGAGAAAAAGAAAGAAAAAUAGUAUAUGAAACAUUCUGAAAGGCAGAGGAAAACAAUAACAAUAAGACCAUAACAUUUCAUUAAGGUUACGGAACCAUAUAACAUAGAUGGAAAUGAACGGACUUAUUGUUUCCCUCACAUAUACGGUAUAUUGAAUCAUGGGUCAAUAUCAUUUCAAUAAAUAUGUUCCAAAUAUCAUUAAAUUUGUGCAUACGUAAUCUCCACUUGUGGGACGCGGGUGGCGCUGUGGGUUAAACCACAGAGCUUAGGACUUGUUGAUCAGAAGGUCGGCGGUUCGAAUCCCCGCAAUGACGGGGUGAGCUCCCAUUGCUCGGUCCCUGCUCCUGCCAACCUAGCACUUCGAAAGCACGUCAAAUUGCAAGUAGAUCAAUAGGUACCAAUCCGGCGGGAAGGUAAACGGCGUUUCCGUGCGCUGCUCUGGUUCGCCAGAGGCGGCUUGGUCAUGCUGGCCACAUGACCCGGAAGCUGUACGCCGGCUCCCUUGGCCAAUAAAGCAAGAUGAGCGCCGCAACCCCAGAGUCGGUCACGACUGGACCUCAUGGUCAGGGGUGCCUUUACCUUUACCUUUAAUCUCCACUUGAAAGUGAUCCGUUUGUAGGUUGCAAGAGUUGUUAUGUCCUCUAUCUGUUGAUCAAAAGAGGCCAUAUUCUUGUCCUUCCAAUGUAUCAAUAUCCUUGCAGGUGUAAUUGCACAGAGAAUCCAUUUGCGCUGACAACUGCUUUAUAAUGCGAUCGCAAGACACCCAGAAAGUAUAAAACGAUGCAGCUACAUAAGAAGAUGAGUCGUUCGCUGUGGCAAAUGCUUCCUCUCUCUCUUUCACUUUGCUGAUCCGGUAAGUACUUUAUUGUGUGUGGUUGGGAUAGGACUGACUAUAAAACAGUGCGUGGGUUUGCAAAAUAAGGAACCCAAAGUUCUUUCCACUAAAAGCGCACGCCCAUUAGCCGGGAGAUGUAAAAAGGAGGUAAUGAUUGGGAUGGAUGAGAUAAAUGGAGAAGUAUUCUUCAGCUGUUAAGGUAUAAAGAGCCCUACUUUUCUUAUCUUACGGGGCUGAACUCUGCAAAUGAGCUUGGUAAAGCUUCAUUUGCCAGAAUCAAGAGCCCUCACCAACUGAUGCAUUUUGGCAUUGGUGCAAAUUGGGUAUCCAUUUAUUUAAGACAAUUCCUGAUGAAAGGAAUCUGUGGACCUGCCAAGGAACUGAUUAGAUUCAUAACUGAGUCAUCUACAGUUUGACAGAUCACUCUCUUUCCCGGGCUAAGAAGAAAAAAUGGUGAAAACAGGUUAUUUAUUGGGACAGUGUGAUUUUUGAAGCUGCUGUUAAAGUUGCAAAACAGUGAAGCAAUGGAGAAAUUUAUUGAAACGACAAUGGGAUAUUAGCUCCGCCCAAGGCAUGAUGGAGAACAGCAAUAACCAGGGGAAGAUAGACAUAAUAUUUUACGAGGACAGGAAGAAACAUUACGGACAGAAUAAUUGCCACAAACAUGAAGAACAAGGAUAUAGUUUGAGUGCUUCACUUGCAGCUUCAUAAAUCAUUUAAUGUGUCAACAUGAAGUGAAGUUAUUAAUAUUGCAGUUCUUGUAUGUGGGAUUAUUAUUUUGACUGGAAUGUAAUUGAAAUUAAUAAGAUUUUGGAAUGCAGAAAUAAAGAAAAUAAUCAAACCAUCAAUUCUAGCACAUGGGGGGGGGGACCCAAAUUACAUAGUUUGGUAUUUGAACGAUUGGUAUUAGUAAUUGUAUUAUAAUUUGGUAUUGUUAUAAUGAGGCUAUUAUUGGACUGUACAGCAGUACCUUGGUUCUCAAACUUAAUCCGUUCUGGAAGUCCAUUCCAAAACCAAAGCGGUCCUAAACCAAGGCGUACUUUCCCAUAGAAAGUAAUGCAAAACGGAUUAAUCUGUUCCAGACUUUUAAAAACAACCCCUAAAACAGCAAUUUAACAUGAAUUUUACUAUCUAAUGAGACCAUCGAUCCAGUGGUCAGGGAUGAUGGGAGUUGUAGUCCCAAAAUAUCUGGAGGGCCGAGUUUGCCUAUGCCUGAUUUAUACCCCACACAUCUUACUGGGUUCCCCCAGCCACUUUGGGCAGCUUCCAACAUACAUUGGAACCUCGGUUUUCAAACGUAAUCCGCUCGGGAAGACCGUUCAACUUCUGAAACCUUCGAAAACCUGAAAACUCAAUACGGAAGCCUCAAUACAACAGGGAAACUCAAAACAAAAGCCGUGUAGCAUGUUCGCCGUCUGAAAAUCAUUAAAAAACCAGAGCAGUUACUUCUGGGUUUUCAGAGUUUGAAAGUCAGAACGUUUGACUACGGAGGUGUUUGACAAAUGAGGUUCCAUUGUAUAUAAAAACAUAAUAGAACAUUAAAAAGCUUCUCUAUACAGGAUAGCCAUCAGACAGCUUAGGGGUCGGAUAGCUCCAUACCCUUCAACAUUUCCCCGGUGAAAAUAGGGACAUCCUAAGGAAAAGUGGGACAUUCCGGGACAGCUUCUGUAAAUCAGGGACAUCCCUGGAAAAUAGCAAAACAUCCCAGGCUGGCCCUGCCUGCCUGUAGUGGCCAUCGAAUUGGGAAGCACAUGCUGUCAGUGUUGGAAAAGCAAAGGUCCUGACUUCCUUGGUCUCCUCAGCCUGGUCCUCGGACCCUUGUCGGCAUAAAGGAGUCCAAGAGAAGAGUACCGUAUUUUUCACUCUAUAAGACGCACCAGACCAUAGUUUUCGGAGGAGGAAAACAAGACAAAAAAUAUUCUAAAUCUCAGAAGCCAGAACAGCAAGAGGGAUCGCUGCGCAGUGAAAGCAGCAAUCCCUCUCGCUGUUCUGGCUUCUGGGAUAGCUGCGCAGCCUGCAUUCACUCCAUAAGACGCACACACAUUUCCCCUUACUUUUUAGGAGGGAAAAAGUGAGUCUUAUAGAGCAAAAAAUAUGGUGUUUUCUGCUUUUAUUCUAAAAAGUCUUUAUCUGCAAAACGACCGACCAACUGUACACACAUUAACACUACUAGUUUUCUUGUUUAUUAAUGUGAUUUUAUUCUUUCUGAAACUUUAAUAAAUAUUAAUUAAAAAAAUAAAAUAAUGGUUAUGUUUAAAAGGUUACAGUUGUUUAAAACAAGUGAGAAAUGCAUCAUUCCUUGUAAAGGGCUACUGCUGGAAAAAGGGAAAUUGAAAAACAACAUUUUAACCAUUGUGGCCCGAAGAGCACAAGUUAAUAUAAAAAUAAAAAGCUCAUCAUUAGAAGGAAAAAAAAACAACACUACUAGCUUUCACCAACCAACCCACACCAACACAAUCAAUGACCACUCUAUAUAUACAGGUACAAUUAGCUGAAAGGUUGCGUGAGUCAUUGUAGGCCAUUGACUCAUGCUGACUUAGUUCUUUUAGCAUUAAAGAAACAGCGGUCAAUUUUUAGCCGUGACACAUGCUUCUGACAGCUAGCACAGGAAGUCAGAGGCUUGCUUCCCCGUACUUCUUCAUUCAAUGUGAGAUCGGUCCUCAUUUCCUGGAACCUGUCACUGCCUCUGGGCUCCCACUGUAUAAUGAUCCAAUUAAAAUGUGGAGGCUUCUUAAUCAGGGCAAAACCACAGGUAAUCCACCAGGUAUCAAAAACACCUCUUUUUGCAGCUGUGAUUAUAGUUGCAGCUGCUCUUGGAACACUUUGGAGCCUCACAGCUCUCCCCUUUUGAUGCAAAUAUCACUAAACAUCAUGCAUGUAUAUCAGAUUCAGAUUGGCUUACAUCCUGUAGGAGGGAUGACAGCAAGGAGCCGAGGUUGGGGGUGAGGGAACGAAGGAUCAAAGGGAAAAAUAAGAAUCGUUCUGUUAUGGAAAAAAUUCCGGGGUGAGAGACUACUCAACAGCUUUGCUUAUUGGGGUGUAAGUCCCCUGUGGGUCCCUGGGGUCAGUAAAAGAAGGAAGUUCCAGCCAAGCAAUUUGGAGCAAAACAGUCGUCAGUAGACCAUGAUCUUUCUUGUUGCGCAACAGGUCCCCACAAGAGUAAGAACCCCGAGCAUGGGGUGACACCCUCUUUUAAAACUUUCCUCUUUUCCCCAGAAUACAAUCCGAGAGGCAUCAUUGAUACAUCAUCACUAGCAUGUCACAAAUGGGGAGAGGUAUACAAGAGUUACACAAGUUCAACAUUAGGUCACUUUAUCAAACACCUUUCCCAACACCUCUGUUAUGUACUAAGCUUGGAUCCUAGAACAAUAGGCAGGUAGGAUCCUUGUUGCUGCUUAGUCAUUUAGUCGUGUCCGACUCUUCGUGACCCCAUGGACCAGAGCACGCCAGGCCCUCCUGUCUUCCACUGCCUCCCCCAGUUUGGUCAAACUCAUGCUGGUAGCUUCGAGAACACUGUCCCACCAUCUCAUCCUCUGCCGUCCCCUUCUCCUUGUGCCCACCAUCUUUCCCAACAUCAGGGUCUUUUCCAGGGAGUCUUCUCUUCUCAUGAGGUGGCCAAAGGAUUGGAGCCUCAGCUUCAGGAUCGGUCCUUCCAAUGAGCACUCAGGGCUGAUUUCCUUCAGAAUGGAGAGGUUUGAUCUUCUUGCAGUCCAUGGGACUCUCAAGAGUCUCCUCCAGCACCAUAAUUCAAAAGCAUCAAUUCUUUGGCGAUCAGCCUUCUUUAUGGUCCAGCUCUCACUUCCAUACAUCACUACUGGGAAAACCAUAGCUUUUACUAUACGGACCUUAGGUAGGAUCCCAGAAUGCAACAACUGAUUGGCUUGCAGGAGAAGACCAAUCAGGCUCCAGGAGGGAAGUCGAAUCAGCCUAUCGGAUGGGACUCAUUGUGUAAAUACAGUGAUACCUCUGGUUACGUACUUAAUUCGUUCCGGAGGUCCGUUCUUAACCCGAAGCACUACUUGAGCUAAUGGGGCCUCCCGCUGCCACUGCGCAAUUUCUGUUCUCAUCCUGAAGCAAAGUUCUUAACCCGAGGUACUAUUUCUGGGUUAGCAGAGUCUGUAACCUGAAGCGUCUGUAACCCGAGGUACCACUGUAAUGUAUAUAAAAGCCUGAGGUUUGGGAGGAAAUUCAGUCACUGUUUUACAAGCUGCAAUAAAGAGCAUGAAAUCACUGCAGGACUCUGAGGAUAUUUCAACCUCUUAAGUACCUGUCACUGAAAGAACAAGGAAACUCUUUCCAUCUCCUUGCCCUCAGAACUUGUCUGGAGAUGGGCUUUCAGAACACCUGACUUGCUCAACUGCCUCUGAGGAUGUCUAGUAUUGCCCCCUGCUCACUCCCUGGGCCUUAUAUGUGCUCUCACUCUUGGGGAAUUAUGGUGGGAUGCCCUGUUCCUGCUGCCUACGUGACUUCCUGCUUCCUGGUUCAUGGAGGGAGGUGGAGCCCAAAUCCACCUUUCUUUAAGGGUUAAAAUGGCACUAGAAUGAGGAGAGUCGGUUACAGUUUGGAUUUUGCACUAAUUUAUAAAGCUAGGUGAAAUAUACUCGGAGUCGAGCGUGGAUUUCAUGCGCUUUAUUCAGCUCAUAGUAGUGAGGAAUGGAAUUUCCCCCGAAAUGUCUGCUUUAUGUACAUUAUUUACACAAUGGGCCCCACGUGAUUGGCUAAUUCUGGGAUUCUCCUGUAGGCCAAUCAGCUUGCGGAUUCACUUCCACCUGGAGUUGGAUUGGGUGGCUCCUGCGGACCAAUCAGACUGCUGCAUUCUGAAUCCUACUGUUCUAGGACCAGUCAGAUCCUAUUCAACUCAGUACAUAACACUAGGUAUCUUCCCUGAAUGGGAUGUGGGUGGCGCUGUGGUCUAAACCACAGAGCCUCUUGGGCUUGCUGAUUGGAAGGUCGGCGGUUCGAAUCCCCCCGACGGGGUGAGCUCCCGUUGCUCGGUCCCUGCUCCUGCCAACCUAGCAGUUCGAAAGCAUGUCAAAGUGCAAGUAGAUAAAUAGGUACAGCUCUGGCGGGAAGGUAAACGGCGUUUCCGUGCGCUGCUCUGGUUUGCCAGAAGCGGCUUAGUCAUGCUGACCACAUGACCCGGAAGCUGUACGCCGGCUCCCUCGGCCAAGAAAGCGAGAUGAGCGCCGCAACCCCAGAGUCGGCCAUGACUGGACCUAAUGGUCAGGGGUCCCUUUACCUUUACCCAACAACUUUAAAGAUGUGCCCCCCCCGUCAUUUCCAUUACAGCUCCAUGAGGAGAUUUCACCCCUCCCAUAUCCAAGAAUCUCCUGAGGAAACUGCUGAUUCUCCAGAGAGGAGGAGGCGUGUUCUGCUCUCUACUUAUUCUGCUCCAGCACCAAAUCAGUCAGUCAGUCAGUGUCGGAGAGAGAGAGAGAGAGACUGAGUGUUAGAGAUCGUGUGUAGAGAUAAGGUUGCUGCUAAGAGCAGCUGCAGACACUCAGUGCAGUACAGCAUUUAUUUAUGCUUAGACCUAUUUAGCUCUGUAUAUAGUUGUAUAAUAGUUAUAGAUAGAAUAAAGAAGAUAUUCUACAGAGCUGCUCUCUGAGUUGUUUAUAUACUCUGCUAGAGUUUGCUGUACUCUGCUGUGCGACGACUGUCUUCUUGUUGGAGUGAAUCCGGUGCUCACAACUCUGAGCUGUGAGUCCACAGCACUUUGACCUGUUCCUGUGCAGAAGGUGGUCUCUGGAAGUGCUACCCAGCUCGCCUAGCCCAGUCGGGGCUGAAGUGGAUGAGUCCAGUUGGUGGCACUGGCUCAAGGGCGAUGCUGACAGUAUCCGAAGUCUAGUUUUUAAUGUUUGGCCUGGGUACUUGGAAAUCUUGAGAUGCUAAGUGGACCCUCCAGACGAGCGCAGGCCAAACUCUCAGACUACAAGUGGGCUGCAAAAGUACUUUGACACGGAAACUGCAGGCCACUCGCUGAAUUAAAUUUCCCCACCGCUAAUUAAAGCACCCGCAAUAUAAUUUUAUUUAACAUACACACAUCCUUGACUCACAUUCUAGCAACACGUGCAGAUUUUACUUUAGGACAGUAGGGCCAUUUGUAGACACAUUCCUGCAAAGUGGUGGUUUUGAGCUACAAAUUGUGGUGUGUGUGUGUGUGUGUAUCAAGGAGACUUUUUCAGCUUUAGGGAAUUAAAAAACCAUGAUACUAAAAUCACAUAUUAAAAUUGCUUGCUAAAAUUACAUGCCUGGGUAGCCUCGCUAAAAUAAAAAGGGUUGUUUUUUUUAAGCAGGCGCUGAAAAGAAUAGCAAUAGUCCCUGUCUAAUAAUAAUUGUGCCUUGUACCUUAUUAUUCCCGUAUGUGAUAAAUAAAAUCCAUUUCCCAGCUAAUUUGUUCUCUAAUUGCCCUCUUUCUCUAGUCAUAAUGAUACUGGCUAGCUUAAGCUGAAUCCCAAAUCCGUAUUAAAUAUUUUUCUGCUUUAAGGGGAUUCCCCCCACGCAAUUCUCGACAGGCAGACUUUCAGGCAGCUGUAAACAAAUGAAUUGCCCUUUAAAUUGUUGUUGUUGUUGUUGUUUAGUCGUUUAGUCGUGUCCGACUCUUCGUGACCCCAUGGACCAGAGCACGCCAGGCAUUCCUGUUUUCCACUGCCUCCCGCAGUUUGGUCAAACUCAUGCUGGUACCUUCCAGAACACUGUCCCACCAUCUACUCCUCUGUCGCCCCCUUCUCCUUGUGCCCUCCAUCUUUCCCAACAUCAGGGUCUUUUCCAGGGAGUCUUCUCUCUCAUGAGGUGGCCAAAGUCUUGGAGCCUCAGCUUCAGGAUCUGUCCUUCCAGUGAGCACUCAGGGCUGAUUUCCUUCAGAAUGGAGAGGUUUGAUCUUCUUGCAGUCCAUGGGACUCUCAAGAGUCUCCUCCAGCACCAUAAUUCAAAAGCAUCCAUUCUUUGGCGAUCAGCCUUCUUUAUGGUCCAGCUCUCACUUCCAUAUAUCACUACUGGGAAAACCAGAGCUUUAACUAUACGGACCUUUGUUGGCAAGGUGAUGUCUCUGCUUUUUAAGAUGCUGUAUAGGAUCAUUCCCUUGCUGUGGCGAAGGAGCUUGAAUAACUCAGAGAAGCUAUGAGCUAUGAUGUGCAGGGCCACCCAAGAUGGACAGGUCAUAGGUGAGAGUUUUUGACCAAACGUGAUCCACCUGGAGCAGGAACCAGCAAGCCACUCCAGUAUCCCUGCCAAGAAAACUUCAUGGACAAAACAACAGGCCCUUUAAAUAGAUGCUUCAUUUAGGUAGGUCGGCAAAAAUGUUUAGCUUUGACUCUGUUGCCCUGACUUGGGGAUAUUUUGACGGUUUCCCUACUUUAUCCUCACAGCAGCCCUGUAAGGUGGGCUCAUCUGAUGGGGAGUGCCUAACCCAGCUUUGCCCACUGAGCCUCACAACCAUUCGAGGGACUGAAGGCGGGUCUUGCCAUUCUAGUUUGACCCUUUCAUCACUGCACCACACUGUGUCAUUUGACCCGGGGAAAUGAGUGAGGAUUCUGUUAAAAAGGGGGCAUGUUAUUCCUUGAAGUAGAUCUACUGUACAGUGGAUCAUAGAAUCAUAGAAUCAUAGAGUUGGAAGAGACCACAAGGGCCAUCGAGUCCAACCCCAUGCCAAGCAGGAAACACCAUCAGAGCACUCCUGACAUAUGGUUGUCAAGCCUCUGCUUAAAGACCUCCAAAGAAGGAGACUCCACCACACUCCUUGGCAGCAAAUUCCACUGUCGAACAGCUCUUACUGUCAGGAAGUUCUUCCUUAAUGUUUAUGUGGAAUCUUCUUUCUUGUAGUUUGGAUCCAUUGCUCCGUGUCCGCUUCUCUGGAGCAGCAGAAAACAACCUUUCUCCCUCCUCUAUGUGACAUCCUUUUAUAUAUUUGAACAUGGCUAUCAUAUCACCCCUUAACCUCCUCUUCUCCAGGCUAAACAUGCCCAGCUCCCUUAGCCGUUCCUCCUAAGGCAUCGUUUCCAGGCCUUUGACCAUUUUGGUUGCCCUCCUCUGGACACGUUCCAGUUUGUCAGUGUCCUUCUUGAACUGUGGUGCCCAGAACUGGACACAGUACUCCAGGUGAGGUCUGACCAGAGCAGAAUACAGUGGCACUAUUACUUCCCUUGAUCUAGAUGCUAUACUCCUAUUGAUGCAGCCCAGAAUUGCAGUGGCUUUUUUAGCUGCCGCGUCACACUGUUGGCUCAUGUCAAGUUUGUGGUCAACCAAGACUCCUAGAUCCUUUUCUUGGGUUGAUGCUUGGGUUGUGAACGUGAUCCGUGCAGGGUGCAUGUUUGCAACCCACAGCAUUCGCAACCCGCGUCUGCGCAAGCGCGGGUGGAGAUUCGGCACUUCUGUGCAGGAGCAAUGCAUGAUUUAGUGCUUCUGCACAUGCGCAACUGCUGAAACCCGGAAGUAACCUGUUCUGGUACUUCUGGGUUUCGGCGGUCCGCAACCCGAAGAAACGCAACCUGAAGCGGCUGUAACCCAAGGCAUGACUGUACUUGAAAAUGAUUUACAGAUGGUAUUUAACUCUGUGUAGACUGUGUAGAGCAUGAUAUCUGUUCUCAUCCUGAAGCAAAGUUCUUAACCCGAGGUACUAUUUCUGGGUUAGUGGAGUCUGUAACCUGAAGCGUCUGUAACCUGAAGCGUCUGUAACCUGAAGCGUCUGUAACCCGAGAUACCACUGUACUAUGUUCUAGUAGCUUUUGAUUUUUUCACCGGUCCACCAAACAUGUACAGUGGUACCUCGGGUUUAGUACUUAAUUCGUUCCAGAGGUCCGUACUUAACCUGAAACUAUUCUUAACUUGAAGCACCACUUUAGCUAAUGGGGCCUCCUGCUGCCGCUGCGCGAUUUCUGUUCUUAUCCUGAAGCAAAGUUCUUAACCUGAAGCACUAUUUCUGGGUUAGUGGAGUGCGUAACCUGAAGUGUAUGUAACCUGAAGCGUAUGUAACCCGAGGUACCACUGUAUAAGUGUCCCCUCUGUUUUACCACACCUCCAGCACAAAUCUGGUUUCAUCACGUUGUCCCGUUGCGCCAGAAGCAGUUUAGUCCUGCUGGCCACAUGACCCGGAAAGCUGUCUGCGGACAAACGUCGGCUCGCUCUUCCUGAAAGCGAGAUGAGCGCCGCAACCCCAGAGUCGCCUUUGACUGGACUUAACCGUCCAGGGGUCCUUUACCUUUACCUUACCAUCUGCAGAUUGGGUGAGCGUCCCCUCGAUUACCUCAUCCAAGUCAGUUAUAAAGUUGUUGAAUGACAAUGUGCCCAGGACGGACCCUUGCAACACCACGCUUGUCGCUAAUGCUGUGCUGUUGCAUCAAUGAAAGCUUUCAAAAUAUCCCCCACCCAAAAAACAAGAUGUCAGUCUGAAGGGACCACAAAUUGAAUCCUUUUAUCCAGUGAGCUGGUUUAACUGCCAGUGAAGCUGAAUUUGUUUGUUUCGGAAUCAGUGCAUUUCCCCCCAGUGAUGAUGCCAAAAGCUGACUUUGCUUCCAGGCCAAACAAGAGACUGGCUCACCCCUCCAAAACCCCCCCUGAUCUCUGGACUGAGUCCCGGGAAUUCCAGCAGGGGAAAGUAAAUAAGGCCUCGGUCUUCAGAUCAACAGCUGGGUUUUUUUUUACGGCUAUAAUAUAAUGAGGUAUAAUUCAUUAAUUUGCCAGGGAAACAGGCGUGUGGUAAAAAAAGUUGGCUUAGAAAGGAGGAGUAAAUCUAUAAUUCUUUGCCCUUCUGGAUGCUGUGCUAAAAUGAAAAUGAUGCUUUUCAGAAUUAUUGCACAGAAUCAAUGCACACAGAAGUGUCAGCCAAUCCUACCCUUUUGCAGGAUACUCCAUUCCAGGGGUCAGCAAACUAAGAGCCCGGAUGUGGCUCCCCAGGCUCAUAAAUCCAGCCCACGGACCCUGCCGCCUGCUUGGUCAGUCCCCGCACCCUGUCGACAUCUCGCCGUGCGGGGACUGACGUCUGUGACGUUGGCACAGCUUCUGGGUGGGCGGCGACGCUGGCACAGCUUCGGAUUGGCUGCAGGAAGCUCCUGCAGGCAAUCCAAAGCCUCACCGGCCGCGGCUGAGGUAAACUCGGGGCGGCCGUGGACGGAGAGUCGGGUGGGCGGGCGACGGGUCUGGGCCGCGCCAUGAGCAUUGUGACGGGCACGUUGUGGGGCUUCAGCCGGAGCUUGAUGUGCCUUUUGCCCUGCGCCUGGUGCCCGGCUCGGUGCUGCUGCUGGUGGCGUGCUUGGCAGCCGCGCUGGAGCAGCUGGAGGGCGCGCUGCGUGCCGUCUGCCCGGCACUCCACCUGCGCGGCCUGCCACCCAACCUGGCCUCAGACGACGGGCCGCAGCACGUGGUGCACGCCAUCUGGGAGCUCCACGGGUAUGGGCCAAUGGAGCAGCUGUGA